UCAGGUCACAUGAUUUCAAUAUGGCAGAAAACAUGAAACUGAUUUGCUUUGCCGUGCUGUGUGCUAGUUUAUAUUUGCAUGUAACUCCAUUUCUGGUGACCGAAAACAAUGUUGUUGAGGAAUUUUCAAUAUCCAUAUCCAACACAAAACAAAACAACUCAAAAUUUAAUUCAAACUCCGUACGUAACUUUAUAAAUCCUAAACUUGAUGUUAAUGGAAACGGUGAUAGACUUAAGGACGGCGAAGUGAUGGUUCUUAAACCAGGAGACUCUGCACCCUCCUUUACCUUGUGGACGCUCUCUGGAAAAAUUGACUUUCCCAGUAAACUGCUUACCAAUGUAUCUAUAAUGAUACACUAUGUCGACCCUGUUAAUUCUGCUUUUCUUGACUGUUUAUGGAAUUCAGAUGAGGCUCUUUUGCCAAUUAUUCAAAAUGAUACUAAAACACAUCAUCUUUUCAUAUCCAAUACCGAUAAUGCACAUGCAAUUUAUGGAGCAGAGUGGAUGUAUAACAGGAUAAACACAUUAGUAGAAAGUAUAUUCAGGUUAGAGUAUGAGAGAAAGACCAAAAUGAGCCAGUUUCACUUUUCUGUGCUGCCACUCUGGAAACUUGGAAAUUGGAUACCCACUUUACUUAGAGAAUGGGAAUGUGUUGAUCACAACUGUGGAUAUGACCAAGUUCUACUCCAAUCUGAUGCUUCAGCUUACCCUGCAGUGCUUAAAAGACUAGAUGCUCAUUAUGACUGGCUUCUGAGUCCCGUGUCUGUGUUUGGAAACAAAACCUUGCCACUGGUGUUCACAAACUCUAAUGGAUGUUCAUCUAGUCCUGUUGUUAAUGGUUCAAUUGCUCUGAUAACAAGUGGAGGAUGUUCCUAUUUUAAGAAGGUGCAAAUGAUGCAAACCUCAGGAGCAGUUGCUGUACUGGUCAUGCAAAAUCAAACAGAGCCCCCUCAGGACAUGAACUGCCACAACAACGAGUGUAACACCCCGCUCCAAAUCCCGGCCAGUAUGAUUGAAAACUUCAGCUUCUCCCCCAAAUCCCAGUUCAAUGUCACAUUUCAGAACACGCCAUCUCCAAGUUUUUUUGCAGCCAUUAAUCCACAGGGCCAACUACAAGAAGUUGGAUGGUUUCUCUAUCCCUCAAUGAGUUUCAUCAACUGGCAAACACAGUGGUUUCAGUACAAAGAAAAUUUGACUCAAAGACUGCAGAAACCAGCUCAUGUCAUUCCAGUUUUUGAAGAACAGGUUAUGCAAGGAAAGGAUGGAGUUGUUGCCAAAAUUUCUGCAGCUGAAUUAAGAGGGUACCAGGGUUUUGAGCUGGACAUGUCCCUUUCUUGUCCUGGUGACAGGGAUACAACAUGUGGGCACUGGGAUCACGGGAUCAGUCUGUUUGUGUGCUGUGAUCCCAUAUCCCCCCUCUGUGGAAUGGAGAUUGGAAGAUGGAUUAGUCCCUUUAGAAGGAGAAUUGGUCGUUGGCUAACUGACAUAUCCCCACUGUUACCCAUGCUUCAGACCAACCAAUCAGCUACCUGUAACUUCACAAUGAAGACAGCACCCUGGGCAAUGCCGUGGAUACCCUCUCUAAAUCUCAGACUUUACAAGACAAAUGAAAGUAGUUUUCCCUCCGAAGCCUUUGUCUUGUUCCAGCCUGGUGCAACAUUUGACAAGAAUUACAACUCUCAUUUCAAACCCUACACUUUUACUCCUCCAGCAGAUGUUAAAAAGAUUGUGAUUUUUGCGGUGAUAACUGGACAUGGAAGUGAUGAGAAUGGAUGUGGAGAAUUCUGUGUUACCUCUCAUCAUUUUUCAGUUAAUGGAUAUAUCAAUAAUAUUACUUUUAGUGAAGCAGGGACACCUUUGGGAUGUGCAAACCAAGUCUUAACUGGUGUAGAGCCGAAUGAACAUGGAACCUGGUUAUAUGGAAGAAAUGGCUGGUGUGAUGGAAGAAAUGUGUUUCCUUGGGUGAUCGACAUUACUCAACAAGUGACUAACAAAAACAACAAAAUCACAUAUUUUGGCUGGUUUAAUGGUACAGAUCCUAAUCCCAAGCAGAAUCCAGGGAUGAUAUCAAUAUACUCAUAUCUUGUUUAUUAUAGAUCUUGAUUGCAGAGGAAAAGUAAUGCACAAGAUUACAAAACAUGUAUUCUACUCCGUCCAUGGUUUGAAUUUUAGUCACCUAAGCAUGUAAGUUAAGGCCAGGUAGAGGUGUGUCUAUGCAAAUGAGAAUACUAACAAAAUAAUAAAUCCAAUGGUUUUGAUUUUAAAAUCAUUAAUUUAUACUGAACUGUUAUGACGUGAAACAGGGUGAGGACAGGUGACGAAUGACUUAAAUACACUACAUCAAGUCAUAUGAUGACAUCACAUGGACUGCAAAUAUCAAAUUCACACUAAAUUGAUGUAAGGAAAGAUGUGCACUCAAAAUCUUGUUGGGUAAUUUUGAAGGUAAUGUAAAAUUGAGUACAAAAUGUGCAUUUCAAUGGUAUUGUUGUGGUAAUUAUGUGCAUGACCUUGUUCAACUACAUUUUUGUUGAUUGUUAUAUAUUUUGCAUUAUACAAAUCAUUUAUGCAAUGCUUAUUCUCGUACUAAUGUUGUUUCAAUUUAUUUAUUGCAAAACUUGUUGCUAAAGCCAUUCUGUUAAUAUUGUAGUGGUCAGCCGGAUUCGAUUGCCGGUGGCCAGAUAGCUCAGUUGGUAGAGCACCUGACUUGAGAUUCAGGGGCCCGGGUUCAAAUCCCAGUCUGGUCCAUUGCAUUUUCUCCUUUCCUAUAUUGCAUUCGGUGCCAUUGACCACCCAUGGUGUUAUAUACAUGCGUAUAUAUAUUUUCUUUGAUAAAGACAAUUUGUUAGUUUCUUAGAUUUACUUAAAAUGAUUUAGGCAUUGUUUAAAUGUUUUUGAUUAAUUGUUAGAAAUCUAUAAUUGAAAUUUAAUUGUUUUAUUUGAUCAUUAGAAAGAACAUUGCUGCACGUGUUUGUAAUUUCUCAAACUUGACAUCUUUCUCCCCGUCCCACGGUAUUGAUGCUAUUCGCUUGUAAUUGUUAUCAGAUUUAUAUUCAGAUCUAAGACUGGUGUUUCUUUGAAUUUGUUAUGCUUACUCAAAAUGUUUCCUGUCCUGUAAAUUAAUGUCAUUGAGCUUUCCCCUAAUUUUAGUACCGUUUUUAAAUUUGUUUCAUUGGUUCAUUUCAUGAAAAGUGGGAGGAGUUGUCAAAGAUGAGAUGUGCGUGAGUUUGUCUGUUAUUCACUUUUACUUUUGACUCUUACAAAUUUUUGUGUUAAAAUGCAGUUUUUAAUUUUGUACUUUUUGGACUUGAAUAAAUUCUAAACUUUAAUAAGGAAUUAUUAUUUACAAAACAACGAAAACACUACAAUGGACUUCAGGUGAAAGUUUUGCCAGGGGCAAUAGAAAAUCUGGGUUGUGUGUCUUCGAGAGUGAAGACAAUUUUUAAAACGAGGGAGGAGGGUGUAUUUAUGACACAUUGGCCUGGGUUAGAGCACUUGACCAGUAAUGCAAGGGGACCCAGGUUUGAAUCCUGAUCUGGUCCUUUGCAUUUUCUCUCUUCCUGUUACAAUAUCAUCGAUUUUCCUCUGUAGUCAGCAGUGCAUGUCUGAUGAUAUCAUAAUUAUACUUGAUUUCAUGUUGUGAUGUCACAAUUAAAACUAUGCAGUGUGUGUCACAUACAACCAAGACAUACCUGAACGUGCUCAAACCCGGACACUUUUAUUGUAUAUUAUGUUUUGUAAUUAUCUUAUUUACAUAAAAACAUCUCUCCACACUUUAACUCACAUUCAAUAUGCAUUCUAUGGUUUAAAACUCUGACAAAUUUGCUCUGGUAUUACUCAUGUAUGUGUAACAGGUUUUGGGGUUAUGGAAAUUCUAAGAAAUAUUUUUAUAUAGUGAAUAUACAUGUAUUUAUAAUUAUGAAUGAUUUUAUACAAUAUAUAUGUACAAAGGAAAAAUAAACACCUCUUUCCAGCU